CGUGCCGCGCGGAGUCCUGAGCUGUAUGUGAGCGACAUAAAUACCGUGUCUGGUGAAAUGAGCUCUAGUUUAACUCAUCUAUGACCCUAGGACACAUUUCUAAAACUUGGCUGCUGAACUUGAACUUGAAGUUUCAGAUUCCCAAGCCGAAUCCUUGGUCGUAACUCUGCUUAGACCUUAUCGAAUGCCUCAACUUCAGGAGUCGAUCCUAUCCUAUUCCUCAUGUCUGUGGUCGCCAUGCCUCCUGCGUUUCUUUCCUUUCUGGUCAACCAGACUAUAGAUCUGUCCUUCACAACCACCACCCCUGCCUCCACACUGUUCCCUGCUCUUCUGUCCUCCACACUGACCCCAUACCACGACAGCGGCGUCUCCAAUAAAGUUGGGCGCCUUUCGAAACACUUUGGAAACUCGGACUCCUUCGAUGCUACCAGCAAGCAGUUUGUCCAGGUGGCCGACCCCGUCGCCAUGGCUACGGGAAUCGUGGGGAACGCCCUUCUGACGCUCGUCUUCCUCAUCACUCCACUGAGGCUCCGCCCUCUAAGCCACGCCUUGGCAGGGCUGGGCGUGGUCAACUUGCUGUAUACGCUAACCUGUUUACUCAUCUAUCUGACGAAAAUAGGAGUGAUGGUGUACAGGAUUCCAGGGGCGUGUCAAGUGACCACAUUCGUGUUGGCCUUCUCCAAGUCCAUAGAGGCGUGGCUGAUUUUUAUAUCACACUUGAAUCGCCUGAACGCACACACCAACGCCGGCCACGAGAGCAGACGCAGACGUCUGUUCAACACAAAGUUCGCCCUACUUUUGCUGUCCAUGUUAGUGGCCGCCCCACUGCUGCACGUGCUGUGGUCCAUGGAGACCUUGACCUCCGGCGACGUCACUUUCUGUGUGCCCAUGAAAGAAACAUUACACGUCCACCUGACCAUUAGAAAGCUGGAGAUGAUUGCUUCUGUAUUUCUGCCACUUACCAUGAUCACUGGCGUGGACUUGAUGCUGCUGCUGAAGCUGGCAGUCUACUACACUUUCAGAGAAGAGGACGAGGAGGAUGACAUGAACAUUGUCCACGAAUCCCCGACGCCAAGCAAUGCCGAGAGCUGUGCGCCCAUGAACGAGCGGUACACGCCUACAAAAGACAUUGUUUAUGUUCACGCUGGUGCCAGGUUAUCCACCAUCGACGAGUUGUCUACCUCCAUCGGAAAAACCACUGGCCACCAUGGGAAUGAUUCCAUUCAUAGCGUACGAUCAGAGCAUUUGCCCAGAAAGGGCAGCCUGGAGGCUAAAAGUCUUCUGCUUGACCUGGGUGGGAAACAAGCCGCAGAAGCUACGUCGCCGAUCUCGUUCCAUUUCUUGUUUGAUAGCCUCAGCCAAUCAGGCAACAGCAGCCAGCUCGCCACCUGGCCAGCUCAUAAUGCGUUGAGCAUCGAGUCACUGAAUGUCCUUGACCCCAAGAGUCACAUCAACACGCCGGAAGUUGAGGACGUGUCCCACAGAGCCAACAAUGACUGCAUCAUCGUCAACGUUGAGAUCCUCAAGUCCAGUCAUUCAGAGGAUGAGACAAAACAAUUUAACGAGUCUCAUCUGGACAACAAGUACCCGGAAUCCAAUCCUCCUUCCAAAUUCUACAGCUUUGUCUUAAGCAAUCUAAGGCUGGACAAAUGCAAAGGAGAUGAUAGCUAUAAAUUCGACUUUUCCCAGGACAGUAUCGCUUCUAGCGAGCCACGUUGUAGGCAGAAAGCGUCUUCCUUCAACUCCUUCAGUAGAUCUCAGUGGAAGAGCUACACGUACACCUCAUACGCUUCCAACACUUCCAGAGUGCCCUCCAUUCAAGAGGAUCACAGCUUCCCCAACGAUGUGUCCUCGUGCACCAUCUGCGUCAUGAUGACCGGUCUGUUGUACGCGGCCCUGGUCCUGCCCUCAAGCUAUACUCAAGCACUUAGCCUGUUCUCAGAUUCUUCCUCUAGACCUUCAUCGCGAGACAUUCAGCAAGCCAUAGUCUACGAGGCACUGAUCAAACUGAAUGCUGCCUACAAAUGUCUCAUGUACUUCUUCCUGAUGCCAAGCUUCCGCUACGCCAUUAUGUGGCUCAUCACGCAGUGGUUCCCCAGUAAAAUAACUCGGGCCUCAAGUCUGUGUAUCUGGGCUACUAAACGUGAGAAUAACGAAUUAGUUUAUGUUUAAAUAUCUUCGGUCAUUAUUUGUGACACCAACAAUGUGUGUGUGUGUGUGUUUCAAGUCACACCAACAAUGUGUGUGUGUGUGUUUCAAGUCACACCAACAAUGUGUAUGUGUGUGUGUUUCAAGUCACACCAACAAUGUGUGUGUGUGUGUGUGUUUCAAGUCACCAGAGCCUUAGGAAAGACUACAACUUACUUUUUGUAUUGACACUUAGCACCCACGUGUUAUUAACGUGUUCGAGUUUCAAAUAGUAUCUUUUCUGAAGUAUUUUAUCUGAAUUAAUUUUCUUUAUGACAAAUUCGAAAACAAGUUGUUGUUUUUUUUCAAAUCACAAUCAAAAAUUUGUUUCUUUCCAUUACGUGAUUUUGGAAAUCUACCAUCGUUUUUUUGUAAUCAUUCAUUAAAAUCGGUAACAAAAAAAUAUCUUUUAAUGAUAUCAGAGCCACCAUCCACUAAUAAACCAA